AUGAUCAUUCCAUAUGGAAUCCAUGAUGUCUAUGGAACAAGAAACUGGCUGGGUCCUCAGCCAACACUGAUUCCAUGGAUUCCAUGGAUUCCACAUGGAUUCCAUAUGGAUUAUACCGGGGAAGGUAAAGACCUCCCCAUGCUAUCCAUGUUGCUCCCAGUGUCUCUCCCCAUGCAUACACAGGCCAUUCUUACACCCCAUGCCAUCAAUGUUCUCCCCUCAACCAUGCCUUCCCUCACCAUUGGCACUGUUCCCCCACUAUCCAUAUGUUCUUCUCUCACCACUAACACACUCCCACACAUACAUGCUCCCUCAAGCCUUGACGGAUCCCGCGGCCUCAGAUCCUCUCCAACACUGACUCAUCACAUGGAAGGGCCUCUUGCCUUCCAACAAUGGGGAAAGUUUGCUAAGGUAGUAACAUAUGCAAACACCCUUCAAAGAAGUACAUCAAUCCUUUUGCCAGACCUUCAUAAACUGACUGUGUACAAAUGCCGCGUCUUGGAGACUGACUACAUCAACAAGACACUCAAGCAAAGUGACAAAGAGCUUGGUCCCAUCUUGGGUUUUAAUGCUGUAGAAUGCCAGUGUAUCUGUUCCCAAGCCAGCGCUUACUAUGAUUUUAACAAUGUAUUCAAUGUCAAUGUAUUUGGCAUCUUUAACACUGCUUGCAACAUGGCUAGUCUUAUGCCAGGAUAUGAUGUGCCAACACCAGAGUCCAUCUCCAUGAUUCUCCACAACCCCUGCCCUGUGCACAGCAUGAUUCUUACCUGA